CUCUGCGCAUGCUCCUGCGUAAACAAUAUGUUGGGGAAAUUAGGUGUCUCUCUUUGGGAAGUCGAGUUUUAAAAAGCUCGGGCAGACCAUGAUAUGACGACUUCACUGAUCUUGCAUCCACGCUGGGCGGAUACCUUCAUGUACGUGUAUGAGGAGAACCCGAAUGAAAAUAAUCAGAAUAAAAUCCCAGCCAUGGAAGGGCUAAGUGGGAACUGCCCAGCGAGCCACUGCAGGGAUUUAAUCACUCACCCGGUAUUGGGUCGUCAUUCCAGCACCAUUGGGACUCACCAGGGUUCUGUCUACACGGAUAUACCUGCUCCAGAUGCCUCCAGGCAGUGCCCCGCGCCACCAGCCUCUUCGAACGCCACCUUGGGCUAUGGCUAUCCUUUUGGAGGCAGCUACUACGGAUGCCGCUUGUCCCAUUCCCACAACGUGAAUUUACAACAGAAGCCUUGUUCUUACCACCCAGCUGAAAAAUACCCCGAGCCCAGCGGCUCCCUCCCCAGCGAAGAACUAUCCUCAAGGGCCAAAGAAUUUGCUUUCUACCCGAGCUUUGCCAGCUCCUACCAGGCGGUCCCUGGUUAUUUGGACGUAUCAGUGGUUCCAGGUAUCAGUGGCCAUCCAGAGCCCAGGCACGACGCGCUGCUUCCCAUGGAAGGAUACCAACACUGGGCUCUUUCCAAUGGCUGGGACGGGCAGGUCUAUUGCUCGAAAGAGCAAUCGCAGUCUACCCAUCUCUGGAAAUCACCUUUCCCAGAUGUGGUACCUCUCCAGCCAGAAGUGAGCAGCUACCGUAGGGGUCGAAAGAAAAGAGUCCCUUACACGAAAAUCCAGCUGAAAGAAUUAGAAAAGGAAUACGCGGCCAGCAAGUUCAUUACCAAAGAGAAGCGAAGAAGGAUUUCGGCGACCACUAAUCUUUCCGAGCGCCAGGUCACGAUCUGGUUUCAGAACCGCAGGGUGAAAGAGAAAAAGGUUGUUAGUAAAUCUAAGACACCUCACCUGCACGCUACCUGACAAAGAAAUCCUUGGGGGCGGGGACAAAAAUAAUUAAAAAUAAUUAAAAAAAAAACAAGGGGAGAGGAACAAACAAACAAUAUUUAUCUGGUAAAUUUGUAUAAAUAAAACAUGCAUUCGAGCUCUGAUUGAUUUGAUUAUUUAAGAACACCAAGGAGAGGUGGGGAUUUAGUCCGCCAUCUUUGGUUUAUUCUUCUGUCCAUGUAUUGCCGUCUUUUAACUGUGAAUCCGGUUGCCCUUCUUAAACAUCCAUUUUGAUAUGGUUUUAAAUGUGCACAUUUAACAAGGGUGGGGGGAAGAGAGAGGGGAGGGGGAAAAGCCUACUCGAAUAUGUAGAUUUGCUACAUUGGGAUUCCGAAUGUUAUUUUGUAGCUCUGUAUUAUAGUCCAAACCUCUCCUUUCACCGCUGAUCAAAGACUUCCCCUUUCUUCUUUCACUGUUUCUGCCACUGCUGUUUGUUUGUUUUUAAUAGAACAUAUUCGCAGUGGUUCCGAUAAAGAUGCCCUGAACUUCUUUUGUUCCUUUAAGGUGGACCUAAAACAAAAAGAAUGAGAAAUAAGGCUGCUACUCUGAUUGUGUUGUUCGUUGAUGAUGUUUUCUUGAUUUUAGUCUGUCUUAAUAAGACACACACACCAAUAAUUUUAUGUCACUC